AUGACGCAAGGAAAGAGAGCUGUUAGAAUUGCCAAUUGUUCUGGCGCAGCAUGUGAUCCAGGAUUGCAUAUGUACAACCAGGCCAAAUAUGGACCUGUAGACGUUAUUACAGGAGACUAUCUCGCAGAGAUUAAUCUAGCCACCAAUGCUGAGGAAAUGGCCAAAGGUUCCCACCCAGGCUGGGUACCUACAGCGCUAGAUGGACUCCAGCAAACCCUCGAGAUCGCAAACGAAAAGCGAAUCAAAAUCGUAAUCAAUGGUGGUGGAUUGAAUCCCAAAGGCCUCGCGGAAAAAACCUUUGAAAUGGCCAAAGAGAAAAACCUCAACCUGAAAAUCGCAUACGUCGACGGCGACAAUCUCCUUCCAAGAGUUGGUUCAAUUUUGGAAAAAGUCAAAUCGGGUGAAUACGGGCAUUUGGAUAACACUAACAGCGAUAUUACCCUCGCUGAAAAUAGCGAUACCUUUAUGGAUGACCCCGAAGGCAUGCCUAUUGUCUGCGCUAACGCCUAUCUUGGCUACCGUGCUAUUAAGAAGGGUCUUGACGAAGGUGCAGAUAUCAUUAUCUGCGGUCGUGUCGCUGAUGCAUCUCCAGUUAUAGGUGCAGCAGCUUGGUGGCAUAGCUGGAGCGAGACUGAUUAUGACGCUUUGGCGGGAUCUUUGAUCGCCGGGCAUCUCAUCGAGUGUUCUACUUACGUUACAGGCGCUAAUUUUGCGGGGGCAUAUAAAUACCCAGUUCAAGAUUUGUUGAACCUUGGGCUUCCCAUUGUCGAAAUUGCUUCUAGUGGCGAAUGCACUGUUACUAAACACGAGAACUUAAACGGAAUUGUGACUGCAGACACAGUAAAGUGCCAGCUGCUCUACGAACUCCAGGGGAAUAUUUAUCUAAACAGCGAUGUCAAAGCUGAUAUUAAAAAUAUAAAAGUGGAGGAAGAAUCUAAAAAUCGUGUUCACGUUUUAGGCGUUAAAGGGUUCCCUCCACCUGCGACUACAAAAUUGGCGGUUUUCUACAGGGCAGGGUAUCAGUCCGAGUUUCUACUAAAUGCAACAGGAUACGCUACAGACCAUAAAUGGGACUACCAAGAGGCACAAGUUCGUUCUAAACUUGAAGAAUGGGGCGUAAAGCUCGAUGUACUUGACUUCCAGCGUGUGGGUGUGCCGAAGGAAAACCCAGAUAGUCAAUUGUCGUCGACAACAUACAUGCGUAUCUUUGCACAGGCCAGAGAUCCUACGGCCUUGGGGAAAGUCAUGGCUGCGUGGAUGUGGAAUGGAAUGGCACAUUUUGCGGGAAUGCAUUCCUCUCUAGAUAUGCGAACCGUCGUCCCCAAAUCAUUUCUCGGUUUCUACCCCGCUACAAUCCCCCAAAGUGAGCUUGAAGAGGCCGUCAACAUUCUGGGCGAAAACUCCAAGCGCAUCGUUGUCGGCCCUCCUCAAAAAACAGAAUUGCUUCAAACCCGCGAAAACUAUAGUCCAACCAACCCAGUACCCCUGGAAAGCUUUGGUACAACGGCUUUACGCCCACUUGGCGAUAUCGCCCUGGCUAGGUCUGGUGAUAAAGGCGGCAAUGUCAACUUUGGAGUCUAUGUUCAAACAGCCGAACAGUGGGACUGGCUUCGUUCGUUCAUGACGCAUGAUCAAAUGCGGAAACUUAUGGGUAAGGACUGGAAGGAUUGGUACUUCAUCGAACGGGUUGAGAUGCCCAAUAUAUAUGCCGUUCACUUUGUGAUCUAUGGGCCUUUGGGAAGAGGAGUUAGUAGUUCAAAAUUAUUGGAUAGUCUUGGAAAGGGUUUUGCAGAGUUCAUUAGGGCUGUUCAUGUGCCCAUUCCGACGAGGUUUUUGCCGAAUAAGGCUCGGAUUUAG